AGCUUCAUGUCUCAAUUGUGGUGUCAAAAUACCAUAUUCAUCUUUGAUAUAUUUGUCUAAUCAUUUCAAUUCACUCUGUGGUUUUGCAUUAGUUUUCAAAGAAUUAAGAUGGCGGCUUAUGCAGCUCUAGUUUCCCUUAAGCGUAUCAUAGAUGAUAUCGAAACUCAUCCUUCCCCUCCGAUUUCUCUUGACAAGCAACAAGUGAAAUCUCUCACAGAAAUAGUUACCUUCUUGCAGGAAUUUCUCGAAGGAUACAAGUCACCAUACGAGUACAGCGACGAAGCAGAUCCACUUGAAAUUCGCAUUAUGGAUGCAAGUCAUACAACUGAAGAUGUGAUUGAGUCCUAUAUAAUUGACACCAUUCAACUUUCUGCGUCAACAACUAAUGAUGGUGCUGAUGAACAAAUCAGUUGCAUCCACUUCUAUCAAGAUCUGCAAAACGUGAUAGAACAUAUGGAUUUGAUCAAGAAAGAGGUGACUGCGAUAACAAUGGAGAAGGAAGUGCAUAAAAGAAACGUGGCAUCUGAUGAUGUUGGUUUAAAAUCCAGUUCCACUGAGAAGAAGCAUCUCAUGGUAGGGUUUGAUGAUGUGCUUCUUCAACUCCUGGAUAGGCUUACUGAUGGAAACACCAGUCGCCAAAUCAUCCCUAUUGUAGGGAUGGGUGGCAUUGGCAAAACCACUCUUGCAAAAGGUGCGUUUGAACACAAGUUUAUUAAGGAGCAUUUUGAUAUUUGUGUGUGGGCUACCAUUUCUCAAGAUUAUAAUGUAGUAGAAACUCUUAGGGAAGUUCUUACUCGAGUGGGAGGAUCCUCGAGCAGUAUGGAUGAGAAAGAAUUGGAAGUUAGAUUACACAAGUGCUUAUGGGGUAGGAGAUAUCUCAUUAUAUUGGAUGAUAUGUGGAGUAUAGAUGUGUGGGAUAGGUUGAAAUUUUCCUUUCCUAAUUGUAGUGAGGGUAGUCGAAUUGUGGUAACCACGAGGAUGUCGAACUUGGUUGCCCACUUGACUGAUUCCUAUAGCGUCUUUAAGAUGAGAUUUCUGGACGAAGUUAGUAGUUGGACUUUGUUCUCCAAAACUGUAUUUGGGGAACAAAGUUUUCCUACUCAUCUCUAGAAUAUUGGAAAGAAAAUUGUCGAAAAGUGUAAUGGACUUCCUUUGUCUAUUGCUGUUGUUGGGGGUCUAAUGGCUAAAUCAGAAGUUACACUAGAAUAUUGGGAGCACAUAGAGGAAAACUUAAGCUCAAUAGUGAAUUCGGAGAACGAUGAUUAUUGCCUGAGAAUAUUGAAACUGAGUUAUAGCCACUUGCCUGCCUAUCUAAAGCCUUGUUUUUUGUAUAUGGGAGUGUUCGAGGAAGACAUAAACAUUUUUGCUUCAAGAGUCGUCCAACUAUGGGUUUCUGAUGGAUUUCUUAAACCAAUAGACGACAAAAGCAUGGCAAAGAUUGCGGAGCAGUACUUGAAAGAACUAGUUGAUAGAAAUCUCAUUCUAGUUCAUGAGUCGG